UUAUAACUUUUCAAAGUUGACAGGAUUUUUUGGAGUAUGAUGUUAAUUUGGUUGCAAGUGGCAGGGUUAAUGUUACGCCAUUUUGACAGACUUUCGUUUAUUUUUACAACUUGUGGAACAGAAACACAAAGUAUAUUGUUUGUUUUAAAAUGUUGUUCUUUUAUAACAGUAUAAACGUAGAAGCUGAGGCAAAGCAGGAAUUGAAAAGACAUCGUAGGAAUCUUCGAUAUAAUACCGAUCCUCUUGCUUUAACGGAUACAGCGUACGUAAAUAAAUUGAUAACUGUUUUGCUAACGUUAUCAUCUGAUUGUCGUUAUCUUCGUUGGCAAUUACAUUACAGAUUUGUUAACAACUUUAGGAUAUCGAAAUCUAUUUUCAUGGAUUUGCUUGAUGGUAUUGAUUCUUCGGUAGACUCUCGCAGAGCGCAUGGAAUAUCAAAAAAAGAGAAGUUGACGGCAUGUAUAAUAUUCUUCGCAUCUGGGAGAUAUCAGCAUGGCGUAGGAAAAGAUUUCCAUGUCGCAAUGGCUCCGACAACUUUUAGUAAAGUUUUGAGAGGAACUUUACGACCACUCCACUCAUUAGUUGGGGAUUGGAUAAAUUUGCGAAUGACUCAAUCAGAGAGACAGGAAGCUAAAGAAUAUUUCUUCUUGAAAAGCGGUAUUGAGAACGUCGUGAUGUGCGUAGAUGGAACGCACGUUAAAAUUAAAAAACCGCAAGAACGUCCGCUUACUUUCCUGAAUAGGAAAUCAUUUUACAGCAUUAACACAUUGAUUGUGUGUGACCAUAAAACACGCAUACGAGCCGUUGAUGCACGAUUUGCUGGAUCACAUCACGAUGCGCAUAUAUGGCGAGUGAGCAUUGUGCGCAAAUAUUUCCAACGAUUGCACAGAAGCGGGCAAAGGGACAAGAUUUUGGGGGAUGCUGGGUAUCCAUCAGAACCGUGGCUAGUAAGACCGCACAGAGACCCAGACGAAGGAUCCGCCGAGGCAGAAUUUAACAAAAAACACUCUUCUGGUCGGAUGAUUGUAGAACAGACAAUAGGCGUUUGGAAAUCCCGGUUUCGAUGUCUCGCUGGGACAGACAGAUCACUAAACUACGAUCCUAAAACAAGUGGUCUAAUUAUUAACACAUGUUGUGCGUUGCAUAACAUCUGUAUUGAAAAUAAUAUAGAGUGGCAACAAAUUUUCACAGAUUUAUUAGAAGAUAUUUGACAUAAACAAAUGCUAUUUUAUGCGCAAAAAAGUUAAAUUUGGUGAAAUUCAGUAUGGUUUGAAUAAAUUGAAACAUCAAAUGCGAUUCAUUUGUUUUGAGAAUUCUGAGCAUAUUUUUUAAUUCAUAAAAUCGGGUAAACAUGAAACUUUUAAGCAUUUUAGUAAUUAAUGCCUGGGCUGAUUUGCGUUACUAAUUUGCUCUAAUUUAGCAUAUUUUAACUCUAGCUCCUUUUCGGCAAUUUCCUUCCUCAGUUGAAAAUCCUGAAUUGCCAAUUCAUGUUGCAUUUCCAUUGCCUUUUGUUUUAGUUCAAAUUUCCUUUUAGCAUGUUCCUUUUCAGUUUCUAACCUAGCUUUGUUUGUUUCUUGUUUUUCGAUUUUAACGUUGAGUAUUUUUUGUUGAAUCACAUUGAAUUUACGCAACUCCAACAAGUUUUGCUCCGCCAAUGUGCGUCUCUUUCGCCUGCUGUUACGAGCUGGUUCUGUAGUAACAGGAACCUCUUCGAUUUCAACCUCUUGGUCAAUUAUUUGGGCAGAAGUUGGUUGAUGUCCGCUGUCCCGAUUACAUGCUCCGGAUGUAACGAGCUCUGUUACUUCUGGGCUGAUAUUCAAACAUUCAUUUUCGAUUGAAUCUUCACUUUCUGCUAGACCCAUUGGUGGAACGUCAGGUGUUCCGACCACUGAACGUUGCAUAUCGAGCACUUCAAUAACUUUCUGCUCCAGGGCAUUAAAAUUGCGCAAGGAGCACGGUCCCCCUCCGGUCGAUCUGUAUUCCGCAUUAUUAAAUGAAAGCUUCUUUUUUAAAGCAGAUUUAUAAUCCGCCCAAACCUAAAAUAG